GAUUUGUAUCAGUUUCUGACCAACUAAAGUACGAUCUACUACAAUGGCAUCAAAAUUCAUUAUCUUUGUCGCUGCUUUGGCAUAUGCUAACGCUGGAUUCGUUGCUUCCCCGGCGGCAGCCAGUUAUGCUACCGCACCAGUCUUGUCAGCAUACGCUGCUCCACUAUCUAAAUCAGUAGUGAGCACAUACACCAGCCAUGGAUCCCCAGUUCUCUCAACAUAUGCUGCCCAUGCCCCAGUUGUAUCUACAUACUCAGCACCUGUGGUAUCAGCCUACUCAUCUCCAGCCUUAUCAGCAUAUGCUGCUCCUCUAUCAAAAUCAGUAGUGAGCACAUACACCAGCCACGGAUCCCCAGUUCUCUCAACAUAUGCUGCCCAUGCUCCAGUUGUAUCUGCAUACUCAGCACCUGUCAUCACUAAGUCUGUAGCACCAGUGGUAUCAGCCUAUUCAUCUCCAGUCUUGUCAGCAUAUGCUGCCCCUGUAUCAAAAUCAGUAGUUAGCACUUACACCAGCCAUGGAUCACCAGUUGUAUCAUCAUACGCGGCUCCUGUCAUAUCUAAGGCUAUUGCACCAUUAGUGUCGAGCUACUCUGCGCACCCAUCUCCAUUUGUAUCUGCUUACUCUUCUCCAUUCGUGUCAGCAUACUCCUCUCCUGUGCUGUCCAAAUCUGUGGCUCCAGUAGUAUCUGCCUACGCUGCUCACCCUUCAGUAGUUUCAGCUUACUCCGCCGCUCCAGUAGUAGCUCAUGCUUCCUACUCUGGUCUCAAUGCAGCCUACCAAUGGUGAAAACUUCGAAAAUUGUUUUAUGAAUAUUAUUUAUUUCCUGAGAAUAAAAUGUAUUAAGUUAA